AUGGACGCAUACGAAAAGUAUUACUCCAAAAAAGUGGAUGAAAAGACCAUGGAGAGAAUCAAGAAAGGUUUUAAGGUCUACUGGGAGGAGGUCAUCCUCGGAAAGUUUGGCAAGAAGGACGAGGUCACUGAAGACGAAUUUGUCGCCUCAAUGACCAAAGAGUACCAGUCAAAUCCCGAGGGCUUCCGACAAACCGUCCGCCACAUGUUCGAAGAGAUUAUUGGCACCGCUGACGUAGACGGGAACAAAAUGGUCAAUUUCGAAGAGUUCUAUGUGCUUUUCUGCGCUUUUGGACACAGCGACAAACAAAUUCUGAAACGCAUGUUUAAUGACUACGGUCCCACGAAAAAGAACGAGAUCUCGUUGGCGGACAUGACCGAAUCAUGGGUAGAUAUUUUGGUUGGAGAAGAUCCAAACAAGGUCAACGUCGUCAUCAAUGCCUUCACAGAAGGCGCUGCUCCGGGAACUAUUGCGAUGUAA